GGUCGAGUUGCUUGCGCUGGAGCUUCGAGUGGCCGCACCUCCUCCUCCAAGUUUGAAUUCCCUUCCUUCCAUUCAUCCAAAUAGGAACCCACGGGGCACUCUCCGAAAACAUCAACACCGUCGCAGCAAAGAGAGACCGCGGCAAUCUCUUUCUCGACCACUGUACACACAUCCAACCUCCCGUCAUCCCAGUCUCUACCCCACGAUACACAAUCGAGACUGCACUCUUCCCCGUCUCCCACCACGCGCCGAAAGGCCGAUCGAAUUCCCACUUUGCGACGCGAUCGAAAUAUCGACGUCGACUCUCCUUAACGAUAGUACCAUACGAUACCCAUAAAGCCAAAUCGUAGAAAGCAACACCCAACCAUGUCGUCUUUGGCCUCCCAGUUGGCCCAGAUCGCUGCCAACUCGCGGUCGACCCUCAACACCAAGGUCCUCAAGGCCGCCCACUCCAAGUCCCUGAUCUUCGAGCCCCGCGUCGCCGCUACCCAGACAUACCCCGAGAUCUACUCGAUAUGUCUCGAAGGCUUUGAGGAGCUGUGCAACCUUGAUUCGCGCUUCACCAAGUUCACACAGUCGCUAUGGAGCCCACAAAGCCAGGAGGCCGACAGGACACAGAUGAGCGCCGCUGAGAAUGCCGCCCUCGAUAAGCAUGUCGAGGCCUUCCUCCACCUGUGCGGCAGCAGGUUGCGUCUCAUGCCCGCCAUCAAGGCCAUCGAGUGGUUGAUCCGCCGGUUCCGCUACCGCUUCCUCGACCCCUACAUCCGCUCUCUGACCGCGCCCCCUCGCGCCGCCAUUGUCCAGCAAGCGACAAACCGUCCCGAGCUGCUUACCGCCAUCUCCCAGUACACUCUCGACUCUUGCAAGUACCAGAUAGAAUACCCUGGCCUCAUCUCGUUCUGGGGUGGUGUCAUGGUUGAAGCCACCAACGGUCUGCUCGACAAGUACCGUUCCGGCAGGCGAAGCAUUCAGAUCGAGAACGACAACGCCCUCAUGCAGCAGCUUGGCCCUGUCCUCAGCGAUGCCAUGGUCAUGAAGAGCUCUCCCGGUCUCCAGAUUGCCAGCUACAUGGUUGUGACGAUUCUGGCUGCCAAGGGCGGUCUUGCCGACAACGCUCUUACGGCCUUUAUGGACCAGCUUGUCCACGGCUGGACGCCCGAGACGAUGCGCCCUGGUCUCGUCACCCUCUGCAUCAUCUCCCAGCACCGCUCCGCCAAGCAGCUUUCUGCCAGAGUCACCAAGGCCCUCCUCAAGGUUCCUGAGGUUGCCUCCGUCAUGAACGAGAUUGGCAAGGACCACCGAGUUGAUAAGCUGGCCAACGGCCUAGCGCUUGCCUUGGUCGACAGACUCCACAAGAAGGGCGAUGUUCGCAGUCUGCCUGUGGUCAACUCGCUACUCCUUGGCAACGUCCUCCGGGAGAAGCAGAUCAAGGUCGUCUACAAGUCUCUGUUGGUUGCCGCCCACAGAAUUAACGACCAGGUUGAUCAGGAUGGCGCAAUUCGCAAGGAGCUUGGCACUAUUCUGGUCAGCUUGUCCCAGGCUGGUGGUGAGGUUGGCGAUAUCGUCCGUGCUACUAUCGACGAGGUUGACUUCGACAUUGAUGCUCUCGAGUUGACUCUUGGCGCCUCCAUUCGCCCCAAGCUCGCCGUUGAGGAUGCGCCUGAGGCCGCUGCUGAGGACAACAACACUCCUACAGUCGACAAGGAAGCCCAAGUCGCGCAGAACUUCGAGAAGCUCUCCAAGCUCAAGCCCCAGACUGCAUCGUGCUUUGCUGAGGAGCCUCUUGAUCUUCUCGAGGAGCUUUACUCGCUCUUCUUGUCUGUCGCUGCCAAUGAGAGUAACCUUCAGAAGUUCGACGAGGCCCCUGUUCUCAGCCGCCCCCAGGCCCCUACCAAGCUCUUCUAUGCCAGCUUCUAUAUGCGUCUCUGGUGCGGUUCUCUCCCGACUUUGGCCAAGGUUGCUGCUCUUGACCGUGUCAAGAACCUCCUGAAGGAUGAGGACUUCGCCACGUUGGACUUCCAGGCCGUCGUUCCCUAUGCCAUUGUUGCUCUCAGCGACCCUGCCAAGAAGGUCCGUCGUGCCGCUGCCGAGCUGGUCACCGGUUUGGGAUCUUUCUACGAGACCAAGCCCACCAAGGCCCGCCGUGCGUGGGGUUCUGAGGGUCUCUAUGCCAAGAAUGCUGCUGUCAACUGGCUAGACUUUAAUGCCACCAAGUCGCUCAUCCAUUCCGUCCUCAUUCCUUCUCUCGAGGAGUCCCUCCUUCACGAGGACCACAUCUUAGCUGCCCUCACCAACGCCCUGGAGAGCUCCAAGUCCAAGGACGGCGAUAAGAAGCACCUGUCCCACUCUACUAGACUUGCCAUUUUCAAGUUCCUUUCUAGCCAUGUUGUUGGAACACCGCUGAUUGCUGUCAAGCUGAGACUUCUGCAGUCGCUCAACCAGAUCAAGAGCAUCUCCGGUACUUCUAGAACCGACCUGCUCCUUUCUCUCUUGCAAUGGUGGGCCCGCCUGUCUCAGGCUGAGGCUCAGCAGCUCCUUGCACGGGAAGCUGUGGAUGAGGCGUCUGUCAACAACGCCUUCGUUGAUGUCGUCAUUGCCAACAACGAGGCUGGUCUCAGGCUGAUCUUCGAACUCAUCCGCGAUUCUAAUGUUAUUACCCGCAACGGGCUCGUCCAGUCGCUCUUCGGCCGCAUCCAGAAGAUCUGGUCUUCCAUGAAGGCUGAGACCCAGUUCUCCACCGCUCGCGCUCUGCUCACUCUUUCUCAAGCCGUUCACCCUACCUCUUCCGAGCCAGACGUUAUUGCUACCGAGGCUACUGAUGUUUUGCAUAAGGUUGAGCUGACUACUGAUAUCCUGCUCGACUUCCUCGAGUCUCUUUACGAUGAUAUCAAGAAGGCUACCGAGAAGCCGGCGACCAAGCGUAGACGUGUUGGCUCUUCCGAGAAGAGCGUCGACUCGCAGAGCCCUGCCGAUGUUAGCGCCAGUCUCAACAAGGCCACCUUUGUUCUCGAGCUUGUUCAGGAGUCGGAGCCUGCCAAGCAUCCCGAGCUGCUUCCCAGCCUCUUCACCACCCUUUCCGAGCUUCAGCACCUCCGUACUGUUGUUGGCUCUGAACUGGGCUACCUCCAGAGCCUGGUUCUCAGUAGUCUGCUUGCCAUGAUGCCGGCCUACAAGGACAGCAAGGAGCUCACUAUUGACCCCGCGGCUGGUCACGGUGAUAUCCUUGCCUCCUGUAUCCAGCGGUCUUCCAGCCCCACUGUCAUCAACGCUGCUCUGCUGCUGGUUGCCAGCCUGGCUCGCACUGCGCCUGAUGUUGUUUUGCACAGCGUUAUGCCCAUAUUUACUUUCAUGGGCAGCUCUGAGGUCAUUCCUCCUUUGAUCGAGACCUUCCGCAAAAGCAGGAGGAACCUGGUUGCCAGCACUGCCGAGCUUCUCACCAGCUUCGUUGUUGCCUACGAGCACAUUCCUUCUCACCGCAAGCAGGAUCUCUUCAUCACUCUUAUCGAGAACCUUGGACCCGAGGACUUUCUCUUUGCUGUCCUUGCCAUGUUCGUUGACAAGUAUGGCGCUACUGAUAACAUGCUUGCUUUCACUACGCAAAUUAUCGGCUCCUUCUCGGUGGAAAUCCAGCUGCAGACCCUCAUCAAGCAUCUGGAUCUCAUCAGCGACAUCUUCAAGCCCAAGCCUGUCCUCUCCGCUGCUAUACUCGCCAAGGUUGACUCCAACUCCGAGCAGGAUGUUGUGAAGCUUGCUACGAAACAGCUUACCCUCCUCCCGAAGUUGCUUGUUAACCGUCGGCUGAGAAACGAGAUCUCCGGAUUGGCGGAGAAGGAUGAUAUGGAGUCCGUGAAGAUCCGCGAGCUUUAUGCCCAACUCCUCGAGGGCGUCCUCACCCUGGCUGGUACCGUUAAGCCAAAGAAGGACACCCUUUACACGCGCUGCGGCGAGGCGCUCUCCAACCUCCUCAACCUGCUCUCCAUUGCCGAGUUCAUCAAGAGUGUUGAGGCUCUUCUUGACCGUCCGAACGUCAUUUUACGCCAGAAGGUCCUCCGUGCCUUGGAGCGCCGCGUGGACAGCGAGAGCAUCAACAACCCCAAAUCGAGGGAGGCUUUGCUUGCUUUCUUGCCCCAGCUAACGGCUGUUAUCCGCGAGUCGGACGACAUGAACUACAAGCACACCGCUGUCAACUGCGUCGACAAGAUCGCCGAGAAGUAUGGCAAAAAGGAUCUCGAUGCCGUUGCCGCUGCUGCCGCCACCAUUGCCGGCGACAGCUGUCUUGGUCAGCCGUCUCAGGAGCUCCGUGUCAUGGCUCUUCUUUGCCUUGCCUCUCUUGUGGAUGUUUUGCAGGAUGCUAUCGUCCCUGUCCUGCCUAUUGCCAUCCCCAAGGCUCUUGGCUGCCUCGAGGAGAGCAUCAAGGCCGAGAAGCCCGAUGGUGCACUGCAUAAUGCUGCCUAUGCCUUCAUGGCCGCUCUCGCCCAGCACAUUCCUUACAUGAUCUCGGGUGCCUACCUUGACAGACUCCUUGUCUGCUCCAACGCUUCUGCUGCCGCUGGUGUGAACGAGGAAUGCCGCGCCAGCCGGACCGACUGCCUCCAGUUUGUCGCCAAGCUCAUCGAGGGCAAGGUACUCUUCACUGCCCUGGAGAAGAACUGGGCCAAUGCUGCUUCUUCUGGAUACUUGGCUCUUGAGGAGUACCUCCACGUUCUUGGCACCGCUCUGGACAAGCACCCCAAGUCCUCCAUCGCCAAAAACACCACCCUCUUCACUGGCAUCUUCCUCAAUGCCUUUGAUCUUCGUCGCAGCGGCGUCCUCUCUUCUACCCAGGAGCUGGAAAAGAUCGAGCUCCUCAUCAACGAGACCUCUCUCAAGAUGAUUUACAAGCUCAACGAUGCCGCCUUCCGCCCCAUGUUCUCCCGCCUCAUGGAGUGGUCCACUACCGGCCUACCCAAGUCCGACUCGGCCGGCAAGGCCCAGCGCCAAGUCAGCACCUACGGCUUCCUGCAGCACUUCUUCGAGAACCUCAAGUCCAUCGUUACCUCGUACGCCUCGUACAUGAUCGACUCGGCUGUCAAGAUUCUUUCUGCGCCCCUUACCGGUGACGACGUCCUCAAGACCCUCCGCUCCCGCGUCCUUCGCACCCUCACCAAGUGCUUUGAGCACGACCAGGACGGCUUCUGGCAGGCGCCCGCCCACUUCAACGCCGUCGCGCCCGUACUGGUCGCGCAGUUUGGCCACGCCGCUGGCGCUGAUAACUGCACCGAGGAUUUGGUGCUCGCCGUUGUCGAGCUGGCUGCUGCCGCCGACAGCAAGGAGCACCACAAGGAGAUCAACUCGGCGCUGCUCAAGCACCUGCGGUCGGAGCAGGCGGCCGUCAGGUUGGCGGUCAUCAAGUGCGAGCAGGAGCUCACUGCUAGACUGGGUGAGGAGUGGCUCCAGAGCUUGCCGGAGAUGUUGCCAUUUAUUAGCGAGCUGCAGGAUGAUGAUGACGAAGUUGUGGAGAGGGAGAACAGGAGAUGGAUUGUGGGCAUUGAGGAGACGCUUGGUGAGAGCUUGGAUAAUAUGUUGCAGUAAAGGGUUACGAGGGUUGGAGUUGGUUAUUGAAAGAGUACAUACUGUGAUUAAUGGUCACGGGAAGACGUUUACAUGUGGUAUAUGAUCGAUGUCUUUGGUCAUGUUGAAGGUGAAGGAUAUAUCCUGAGGAUGGAUGGGUCUAUGUAUAGCAUUUGCAUUUGUAACUGGCGUUCGAUACAAAAAGUCAUGGUUGGAUUUGAUGUGAAUAGAUAUGCAAUGAUCAUUGAAAGUUCUGUU